AUGCAACGAUACAGUUCAAAAGCUAGUUUUGCUGAUUCUACAACAUCAUCAUGUAUUACAAAAGCUAAUCAUACACAUGUUAUUAUUCAAACAAAUGCUGAUAAUAAAAGUGAUAGUAAAUACAUCGUAUUACCUGUUAAAAACCUUGUUAACUUUGGUCGACCAUUAAAAUCGAAUGAUUUGGUUACUUAUAAAAUUGAUUUAAAAUGUCGUGGUACUAAUAGAGGAAAAAUUCUUUUAUUUGGCUCUGAAGAAGAUUGUGCUCAACAAGUACAAAUAUUCUCAACUGUUGGUGAUGAAAAUGAUGCUUCAAUUUGCGAUAGAGAUGAAACAAAUAAUCCAUCUGAAUUACAAGAAAACGAACAAGAAUUAAAUAACCAUGCUGAUGAUGAAGAUUCUCAUCAACCUCAAUCAACAACAAAAUAUGACUUGAAUAAACAUAAGUCCAACAAGAAUCAAAACAUUCGUAAAAUAAAAACGGCAAAACCAUUGAAUAAGAUAUUGUUGAGUAAGAACAACAAUUCUACAACUAAAGCUGGUUCACAUUCAAUUGAAAAAGUACCUAAACAAACAUCUGUUCAACGAGCAACUACUGCUUCAAUAUUAACAACGAAAAUACCUGCUAGUCAACCGGAUAAAAAUCAAAAAACAUUAGAUCAUAUGUUAAAGAAAGUAAUUGUUGGUACUUCUUCAACUUGUAAUUCAAUUAUUACAAUUGGAACAUCAACGAAAACACCAUCAACAAUUAGUUCCAACAAGUGCACACCAAAAAAUGUUCGUACACAACAAGGUUCAUUAACAUCACUACAAAAAUUAACAACAAAUUCCAAUAAAAAGCGUAAAUUAAGUCACGAAGGUGAUACAUGUAGUAAUGGUGACGAUCAACAUAAAGAUGACAAUGAUAAACAUCAAAUGGAUAUUGAUUUAGUUGAAGAAGAUGAAGAAUAUUUUGUAAAAGAAUUCAAUAAACAAAAAGUUGAACAUGAAGCUUUGAGUAAAAAAUAUAACAAACUUCUUUUUGCUUACCGGCGUUUAAAAAAGAAAAGUUUACCUAUACCUGGCGAUGAAGGACGUCAAUGGCUUAUUCACGUUGUGAAAAUACUUUCUCCACAUUCACCAGGAUUAAAUACUGAUAAAAUUGCUAGAGCACUAAAAAUUAAAAAAUCAUCAUUAUUGACUUCAUGUAUUCGAGAAACUGCCACGAAUACAACUCGACAAGUCAUUAAAUUACUUUAUACACCAGCUCAACUUGCAAAAGGUCAUGGAAAUGUUGUAUCUCGACAAAAACGUAAAUUAAUUAAAGCAUUUGUUGAACAAGAACAUGGCUUAAUUGAACAUCGACCAUUUUGUGAAGCAAUUAAUGGAGUUUUUCGUAGUUAUGCUCAUAAGUUGAAGAAACAAAUGUUACUCAUUAAUGGCGAAAAUUCGAAUUUAAUAGAAGGUCAACAAGGUGAAUCACCAACAAAUGAUGUUAAUGAUGAAGAAGGUUCACAUUCUUCAAACUAUGAACAGCAACAACAAGAAGAAGAAGAAGACGACGAAGAAGAAGGUGUUGAUGAAGAUGAUGGUGAAGAAGAAGAAGAUAUUGACGAUGAAGAACUUACAGAUGACGAAAACGAUAAAUUUUAA